AUGUUUGCCUGCCUGCGCGGGCUUCGCGAGCAGAACUCCGCGCCGCCGUCACCGCCGGCGCAGCGGCGGCUGCAGCGCGCCGCAUUUGCCGCGGUUGCCUCGAGCGAGCGGCACCUCACCCAACUGCACGAGGCGCGGGAGAAGAGGGCGGCGGAGGGCGCGUCGGCGGAGCGGCGCCUGACGCACUUCAUCGCCCAUGCCGUGCAGGACCACCUGCGCGCUGUCACCCUCGCGGCCGCGUCUCACGGGCCCCACCAGAGCGACGAAGCCGAGGCGGCGGCGGCGGCGGUGUCGCCCCUGGGCGGUGCGGGGGACGUUGCCCAGCUGCUCUGGAUGAGUCGCAGCAUGGCCCUCGGCGCCACGGCCUCCGUGCUGGCGGACGAGUGCGCCCCCAACGAGGCCCCGCCGACGGACGCCUGGCAGUCGUCGCAGAGGCAGCCGCCCGACGUGCAGGAAACGAUACGCCGCCUGCGGGAGUCGUUCCCGGCGCUGCUGGCGGUCUUGCUGGAGGGACCGACGGCCACUGCCGGGGUCGUGCCGGACCCGCCGCCGCGGCGUCGCCCUCUUCCUCACGGCACGCUGGGAGCCAAGCGGUCGCGCGCGGGGGCGGCGGAGGAAGCGGAGGUGCAGGGGCCGCGGCCGGGCGCGGGGCCGCUCUUCACGCUAAAGGUCGACGGCAGUCUUCUUCGCGCGCGACAGAACGAGCGGGCGGGGCCGACGGCCAGCGUGCCGUGGGGGCAUCCGGCCAACCACUUCGGCCUGCAGCAGCAGCCGCCGCCGCCGCCGCCUGGGCCGCAGCGCGAGCCCGGAGCCGCCGUGAGCGGCGGCUGUUCUUUUCAUGAUGAGCCUCACCCCAAGGGGCAAAUGAAACUGCACCUCGACUGCGGCGGGAAGCUCUCUUUGGCGCAGCCACUCGUCACACCCUCGCACGCCCCGCAGCUGCAGCUGCAGCCCGCGCUUAACCCGCAGCCGACCGCGCCUCCGUCCUGUGGCGCCGCACAGAGAGCGCACCCGUCGCUUGGACGUUGGCCGGUGGCUGAGGGCGGCGAAAACGCUGCUGCCGAAGGCGCCAGGCGCGGCGCAAGCGCAAGAGAGCCGCGGGGUGGGAUUCGCGCGGGGUUCUCGCGGAGGCGCGAGGGCGACGGUGCGGAAGCGACCGCCAACAUGGGCGUGCAGGGCAGCGGUGGAUUCGUCACUGCGGGUGAGCAGCUGGUGGCGGAUGUGCGGGCGGGACGAGCGGCGCCCUCGGGUCUCUCGCUGCAGUGCCGGCCACCUGCGCUAGGCCUGCGGCGCUCCGGCUUCACCCCGCCGUUUCAGCAACAGCGACGGCAGACGCCGCCUCCAAGGAGUGACGGACCGAGCGCGGCCGCCACUGUGCCCGUCGGCGAAGUACUGAGCUCCGUCCACAAGCAGCCUGCGCGUGGUGGGCAUGGCACGGCACGGGACCGCGACGACAGUGACAGUGACCAUGGCGAGUUCCCGGCGUCGCUGCUUCUCGCGGAUGGGUCGGUGCCGCCCAUUUUGCGGCCGCUCGAUCCAAAGCUGGUGACGCAGGUGGCGAUGGAGAUAUUGGAGUGUGGGGCGGGGGCCGCCAACGUGGGCUGGGACGACAUUGCCGGUCUGGAGCAUGCGAAGCGGAGCGUGGAGGAGGCGAUUGUGUGGCCGCUGCGCCGACCUGACCUCUUCGUGGGCCUCCGUGACCCUCCGCGCGGGCUGCUGCUGUUUGGCCCGCCUGGCACCGGGAAGACGAUGAUCGCCCGCGCCAUCGCCAACCGUGCGCAGUGCACCUUUUUGAACAUCAGUGCCUCCUCGCUCAUGUCAAAGUGGAUGGGCGACGGGGAGAAGCUGGUGCGGUGCCUUUUUGCGGUGGCCGUGGUGAAGCAGCCAAGCGUCAUAUUUAUUGACGAGAUCGACUCCCUGCUCUCCGUGCGCGGCGAUGGGGAGAUGGACGCCGUUCGACGCGUCAAGACGGAAUUCCUCGUGCAGCUCGACGGCGUGGCGACCGACCGCGGCGACCGCGUCCUCCUCAUUGGCGCCACCAAUCGCCCUGACGAGCUCGACGAGGCCGCGCGUCGCCGCAUGGAAAAGCGACUGUACAUUCCGCUCCCCGACGGCCCGGCCCGCAUCGAGCUCGUCAAGCGACUCCUUCACACGAUGGAGCAGCAGCAGCAGCAGCAGCAGCAGCAAGAGGAGGAUGAAAACCAUGCAGCGAAGGGAAGCGGAGAGAGGAAUGCGGCGUGCGUCGUACACGCGUUAGAUGAGAAGGAUAUUGCGGAGGUCUCAGCCUCCACCGCGGGUUACUCAGGGGCCGACAUCAAGCAGCUGUGCCGUGAGGCGGCGAUGGGGCCGCUGCGGGAGGUCACGAUGCGCCUCAUCGACGUUUCCCUCAGCGAGUUGCGGCCCAUUCAACGAAAAGACUUUGUCCAGGCCUUAAGGCGCAUCCGUCCGAGCGUCGGCGCCUCCGAGGUGGGGCGGUACGUGGAGUGGAACGCGCAAUUCGGCUCCUUCGCCCCGCAGGGGGAGGAGGCCGUCGAAGACGCCGAAGAGAAUGCGUCGGCGACCGCGAAGCGGUAG